AUGGCCGGUUGCUUAUUUUUGCAGCAGGAGACGUUGACCCCAAGCCGUGGGAUUGGUUCGCUCCUCUUCUCCACAUGGUGGCCUGCUGGGAGCAUACUAAGCAGGUCCAGCCCAUGUCCAGGGCAGCAGCAUCUCAUUUUGGAGAACCCGGAGGGACAGCAUCUCACCCAGAGGUGAACCCCGGCUCCAUUCAUGACUGACGGACCUUCCACGCCCUCUGAACCAGGCCCACCACCCCUCAAUGCCACCAACUUAACAGACUGUGGGGAGGAUAUCCUGCUGUAUGGCGAUACCGAGAAGGUAGUCAUCGGGACCGUCCUCUCCAUCAUCACCCUCUUGACCAUCGCCGGCAACAGCCUGGUCAUCAUCUCGGUGUGCACCGUCAAAAAGCUCCGGCAGCCCUCCAACUACCUGGUGGUCUCCUUGGCGGCUGCCGACCUGUCCGUUGCCUUUGCCGUCAUGCCCUUCGUCAUCAUCACAGACCUGGUGGGAGGGGAAUGGCUCUUCGGAGAGGUCUUCUGCAACGUCUUCAUCGCCAUGGAUGUCAUGUGCUGCACCGCGUCGAUCAUGACGCUCUGUGUCAUCAGCGUGGACAGGUACCUGGGAAUAACCCGGCCUCUGACGUACCCCGUGAGACAAGACGGGAAGCUGAUGGCCAAGAUGGUGUUUGUCGUCUGGCUCCUCUCUGCCUCCAUCACGCUGCCCCCCUUGUUCGGCUGGGCCAAGAACGUCACGGUGGAGCGGGUGUGCCUCAUCAGCCAGGACGUCGGCUACACGGUGUACUCCACGGGGGUGGCCUUCUACAUCCCCAUGGCCGUCAUGCUCGCGAUGUACCACCGCAUCUACAAGGCAGCCAAGGCCAGCGCUCAGAAGCACCGCUUCGUGGACUUCCCCAGGGCCUACGAGCAGGACGGGGCCUGCUGCGCUGAGGCCGGCCUCCGCCAUCAGCACAGCACCAAGCGCCUCAAGGCGGCGGAGGAGUGCGCCACCCUCUCCAAGCUCCUGUGCCAAGAUCGCAAGAACAUCUCCAUCUUCAAGCGGGAGCAGAAGGCCGCCAGGACCCUGGGAAUCAUCGUCGGGGCCUUCACCUUCUGCUGGCUGCCCUUCUUCUUGAUGUCUACCGCCAGGCCCUUCAUCUGCGGCAGCCGGUGCAGCUGCGUCCCCCUGCGGCUCGAGCGGACACUGCUGUGGUUCGGCUACGCCAACUCCCUCGUCAACCCCUUGAUUUACGCCUUCUUCAACCGGGACCUGAGGACCACGUUCUGGAACCUGCUGCGCUGCAAUUACCGCAACAUCAACAGGAGGCUCUCGGCGGCGAGCAUGCACGAGGCCUUGAAGGCCACGGAGAAGCAUGAGUGCAUACUUUAA